CAACUGAUUCGCAAACCAACUGCCAAGCUCGGUGAACAGAUCAUCAGCCACCUGAUCGAUUACCAACUAGUGAACUGGAGCUACCAACACUCCAGCAAAUUACCAACAAUAUUUUAUUUCAAGAUCUCCUAUUUCCUUCAACUGAUUCGCAAACCAACUGCCAAGCUCGGUGAACAGAUCAUCAGCCACCUGAUCGAUUACCAACUAGUGAACUGGAGCUACCAACACUCCAGCAAAUUACCAACAAUAUUUUAUUUCAAGAUCUCCUAUUUCCUUGUUUUCUUUCAAAACUCCCGAAUGAGCAAUCUGAGUUCUUUGGUCGACUAA